AUGGGAGUACAGCCUCAAAUCCUCCUUGUCACAUUCCCUGCUCAAGGUCACAUAAAUCCAGCCCUUCAAUUUGCCAAACGUUUAGUAGCCCUUGGUACACAUGUCACCUUUGCUACAAGCAUCAGUGCCCGACGUCGGAUGUCCAAAACCGGAACUUAUCCACAAGGCUUGUCUUUUGCUUCCUUUGAUGAUGGUUCGGAACAUGGGUUCAGACCCAGUGAUGAUAUCGACCACUACUUCACCGAGCUCAGGCGUGUUGGCUCAAAAUCUCUGGCUGAACUUAUUGUGGCAAGUUCCAAAAAAGGGCGACCAUUUACGCGCGUGGUUUACUCCAAUCUUAUACCUUGGGUGGCAAAGGUGGCACAGGAACUUCACCUUCCUUCAACACUUCUUUGGAACCAAUCUCCUGCCCUUCUAGACAUCUUCUACUAUUACUUCAAUGGCUAUGGUGAUACUAUUAAGGAGAAUAUCGACGAUCCCUCGUUUUCGUUGAAAUUACCCGGAUUGCCUCCUCUUGGCAGCCGGGAUUUACCUUCAUUUUUCAAUCCUAGAAACGCACAUGCUUUUGCAAUCCCAGUAAACAGAGAGCAUAUAGAAGUCCUGGAUGAAGAAACCAACCCGAAAGUUCUUGUCAACACCUUUGAUGCAUUGGAGUGUGAGGCUUUGAAUUCAAUAGGGAAGUUUAAGUUGGUUGGGGUUGGCCCUCUGAUUCCAUCAGCCUUUUUAGAUGGAAAAGAUCCUACUGAUACUUCCUUUGGUGGUGAUCUUUUUCAAGGCUCAAAGGACUACAUAGAAUGGCUUAACUCAAAGCCUGAAUCCUCUGUGAUUUAUAUAUCAUUUGGAAGCAUAUCUGUUCUGUCAAAACCACAAAAGGAACAAAUGGCGCGUGCUUUGCUGGGUACCGGCCGUCCAUUUUUGUGGGUCAUAAGAGCAGAUGGAGGAGAGGAGAAAGAAGAAGAUAUGCUGAGUUGCAGAGAAGAGCUUGAAAAGCAAGGAAAGAUAGUACCAAGGAUCACAAUUAUAGAGUUGGUGUUAACACUUGGCACCAAUGAUUUGAACCUUGCUUGA